AUGGCUGUGGUCAUGGGAGACUGUUACAUUGAAGGUGUCGAGGUUCUCCAGUCGCCUCGGGCGGUACUCCGGAAGCAGAUUGCGGAAAUCAAGAAGCGCGGCUAUGUCUUCAAGACUGGCGUGGAGGCCGAGUUCUUCAUCCUCUCAAGUCAGUCCAAGGACCGCGCGCUGGCUGUGUCUGAUGAGGGCGACUCAUUGGGCAAGCCUUGUUAUGAUGCUCAGUCCAUGAUGCGACGAUACUCGCUGCUGACUGACAUCGUUCUCACCCUCAACAAGUGUGGCUUCGGCGUGUAUCAGACGGACCAUGAGGAUGCGAACGGCCAGUUCGAGAUCAACUGGCACUACCAGGACUGCAUGACGACGGCUGACCAGCACAUUUUCUUCAAGUGGGCCGUGAAGACGCUCGCAGAGCGGCACGGGUUUUCGGCCACGUUCAUGCCAAAGCCUUUCAGCGCCCUCAGUGGCAACGGAUGCCACAUUCACUGUUCUAUGUGGGCUGCUGACAAGAACGUUUUCGAGGGCGCGAACGGAGAACUGUCAGAGAUCGGACGCCACUUUCUGGGAGGAGUUCUUGCAAAGGCGCCGGCGUACUGCGUCAUCACGAACCCUGUGGUGAAUUCCUACAAGAGGCUGAAUUCCUCCCCUACAGCCUCCGGCUACUCCUGGUCUCCAAACCGUGUCUCCUGGAGCGGCAACAAUCGCAGCCACAUGGUGCGAAUUCCAGAGGGCGACCGCUUCGAGUUACGUUUGCCAGACGGUGCAGCAAACCCCUACUUGCUGCAAGCCACCAUGUUGGCCUGCGGCAUCUGGGGCAUGGACACGAAAGCAGACCCCUCUGGCUCCUACUUCCCAUCUUCUGUGAAUAUGUAUGCGAUCCCCGACGGCGCGCCGGAGCUUAAGAACAUUCAAUCGCUUCCGAGGAACCUACUGGACGCAAUUCGAGAGUUGGAGGCCGACAAAGAUCUGGCAGCGGGGCUUGGCGAGGAGUUCAUGCAGGCCUUCUUGAAGCAACAGAAGCUUGCACCACAGCAGCAAGACGGCUCCAUCCCGGUGUGCUUGCCCAUCCACUCCUUCUAG